AUGACCGAACACGUCCCAAAACAAAGCCGGCCCAGCCGGUAUGUGGGGAUGAGCAAGCUGGAUAAGUAUGAGGUGCUUCAGCAGCUGGGCCAGGGAACGUUUGGGAUGGUCUUCAAGGCGCGACAAAAAAGCACGGGCAAGCUUGUCGCCCUUAAAAAACUUAUUGUCCAUGACUCCAAGGACGGGUUCCCCAUCACGGCGUUUCGAGAAAUUACCAUCAUGAAGCAGUUCAAACACCUGAACGUGCUGCAGCUUAUAGACAUGAUUCACGAAAACUCGGAAGAUACGAAGAAACCCGGCUUUUUCUACACAGUGACACCAUACAUCAGCUCAGACUUGAAUGGGUUACUCAACAACCCAAGGGUUCGACUCACAAACCCGCAAAUCAAAUGUAUCAUGAAACAAGUUCUACACGGGAUAGAUUACAUUCACAACCAGCAUUAUCUGCACAGAGACAUCAAGACAGCCAACAUCUUGCUCGACUGGUUUGGCGUGGUAAAAAUCGCCGACUUUGGACUUGCAAGGGGCUACCACGGGCCGGCUCCAGUGGAUGCAGCCGCCGGUGCUGGCGGAGGUCUGGUCGAGUACACGGGGCUAGUGGUGACACGUUGGUACCGACCCCCCGAGCUGCUGCUGGGAGAACGCAAAUACACAACGGCAGUUGAUAUGUGGGGGAUUGGGUGUGUUCUCGGAGAAAUGUACAAGAAAAAGCCUAUUCUAGAAGGAAAGAGCGACUUGGACCAAGCAGACAUGAUUUUCAGGCUCCUAGGAAGCCCCACGCCAGAGAACUUCCCGAACGCAGAUCUAAUCAACAGAAACGGCGUCAACUUACAUGUGGACUACCCGCGCACCCUCGAAAACGAGUUUGGGGCGAUUAUGACGCCGGCAGCAGUGCGACUGCUUUCUGGAUUGCUGACAAUGGACCCACGCAAGAGGUUCAACGCUGCCAAGGCCUUGGAGUCGGAUUUCUUCAAAAUGGAGCCGGUGGCCUGUCUUCCUGAGGAGCUGCCCAAAUUCGAGGAGAGUCACGAACAGGACAUCAAACGAUACAAGGAAGAGAAGAAGCGUGCGAACGAGUCUAUCGGGUCGGGAAGGCCGCCUAACAGGUCGCUGGACCACUCGCACUACGGAGCAGACUACGAGACUCCUCGCAAGAGGAGGGAUCUUGCGCACGACAACCGCUGGAGAGGUGAACGACGUGGCUGGGGCGGAAACCGAGACUGGAAUCGCGACUGGGGCCGGGACUGGAGCCGCGACUACUCGCGAGAGUCCAGAGACUACAGAGAUUAUAGAGGGUCCCGUGAUUUCCACGGAAGUCGCCCUUGGCAGAACCAGGAUUACCGCGACACCAGGGGCCACUGGGGAGAUGGCCCACACGCAAACGGGGGCCCACAUCCGUACAAAAGAAACCCACAGGACAGAAGCAGCAGCAGCUUGUAUGCUCAGACAGAGAAAACUAGUCUUAGCGCAGUUAAGGACUAUUUAAUUGACAAGAAAAAGGAGGGAGGAGCAGAUCCGAAAGCAAAGAGAUGA